GAGGCAUGCCGCGGAGGUUCGUCCCCUCCUCGCGACGAAGAAGAGGCUGCUGGAUGCGGACGGUCCGCGGGAGCAGCACCGGCCGGGGAUGCUGCUGCUGAACUUGACCCCCCUCCUCCUCCACCUCCUCCUCCUCUUCCUCCUGCUCCGGUCUCCACAUCAACUGUAGUUCACCGCCAUGGCGAAGGAGUCCUCUCCCGCAGCUACACCGACAUCCACCGGGUGAACGAUGUCCCGCUCCCCGUCUCCAUCGUCGACGUCGGUCCGCCCUAGCUGUCGCCUUCCCGCCCGUGGCGACGGGAGGGCGCCCGCCUCGCGCCGCAACACUCGCAGGCCCCUUCGUGUCCGUCGUGGAUCAUGUUUGCACCUCUAACGCGGUUUUUUAAAAUCUUCUUUUCUUUUUUUUGUGACAUGACAUUUUGAGCUGUUUGUGGUUGCUUUUUUUAAUCAAUUUUUUAAUUUUUUUAAAGAAACACGUUUCUCAAACACUUUUUCUUACCGGCGUCGGUUCUCCUGACACACGGGUGUUUUUAGGGACCCGGGUAUUUCGACUUUCACGCUUCCGCCCCCCCCCCCCAAAAAAACCGAACAUGCCGUAGUGGCUCCGGUUCUGCCCGCUGCAGUUGUCCGGUUUCUUUCGGGACAUUUUGUCUCGCUUGGGGGGGGAACGAGCAGCCUCCACCCCUCCAGCAGACCGCUGUCCGCGGGGUGACCGUGUGACUUCAGAGGGGUGUGGAGGUCCCGACAGCCAUACGAUGGCCAAUGCACCUGUCAUCCUUAACGUUUACGAUAUGUACUGGAUAAAUGAAUACACUUCCAAUCUGGGUAUUGGAGUCUUCCACUCAGGCAUUGAGAUCUAUGGCAGAGAAUUUGCAUACGGGGGUCACCCGUACCCUUUCAGUGGCAUCUUUGAGAUCACUCCGGGGAACGCCCCCGAACUGGGAGAGACAUUCAAAUUCAAGGAGGCCAUUGUGUUGGGCACCACCGACUUUACAGAGGAGGACAUUGAUAAAAUCAUGGAGGAGCUGGGUAAAGAUUUCAAAGGCAACGCCUACCAUCUAAUGCACAAAAACUGCAACCACUUCUCCUCCUCGCUGUCUGAGUUGCUGUGUGGACAUGAGAUCCCUCGCUGGGUCAACAGACUGGCGUACUUCAGCUCCUGCAUCCCCUUCCUGCAGAGCUGCCUCCCCAAGGAGUGGUUAACCCCGGCCGCCCUGCAGAGCCACAUCAGCCUCGGCCUCCACAAAGAGGAGCACAACGAGUCGAGCGACGACGACCCCCCGUCCCCGUCCGGAGACGCCGCCGCCAGCUCCUCCCACAGCUGUCGCCACACGAGGGUGUGACCUGCCCAACAUCGGCUGACCUCUGGACCACACCCUGCCACCUCUGCUCCGUGACCGUGGCAUGAGUAAGCUUAAACAACCAGCUGACCUCAUCCUGUUUGUCCUCGGAGUGAAGAGGCGGGAAAAGAAGAGUCCCCUCUUCAUGAAAAGAGACUUCCGACCUGCAGAGACCCGGUCCGUCCUGCAGGCAGGAGGACAAACUUUGACUUUGAGCCCUGAAGCUCCACCACAACCACUUGUAGAGCUGAAGUUUGUAGAACAUUGUUAUUCGUCUUUUCCAUGAACUUUUAAAACCUUUGUCAGCCUUGUUCCCUGCCCUGCCUUCAGAGCUGCUUUUGUAGAAUAACUAUAUAGACACCUGAGGCUACUCAUCGUGGCGUUACCAGGAAACUGCUUAUUAGCUCAAUUUCAACAAGUUCUCGUUCAAUAACCUCUAUGUGGCCUUCAGUUGAUAUCGUUGACUCUGCUAUCAUCGUGAGGAACCUCAGUAGUUAACGUUGGCCAUUUUAGAGGGUUAAAAGAGGAUUUGAUUGUUCCUCCAGUUCAGUCUGAACUCGUGAACAAAUAUUGCAUGUUGAAAGACCGGGACUAAACCGUUCUAAUCAUAUCAAGUAUUUCUUCUCCUUUUUUUCCUUUUGUAAAAACGAAUGAAGCUCGUUUUAAUCAAUAAACCGGGCAGUGAGCUGCCAGUGUAACCAGUUGGUGGACAGUUGUAAACAAUCAAGGGCAAAUACUGUUCAGUUUUAAAUGUCGCUGUUUAUGCAGCCCAUGCCGUCACUAUCUGUGAACAUCUCAGAGACACAAAGGAAGUCGAGCUGCUACACCGACAGUUGACUUUGUGAUCCAGUACAAUUUGUGUCCACGCUUUUAUAUACAAAUAAUCUUUAUAUAUAAAAACAGUGCGACACUUCGACACUUCGAGGCAAGGAAAAUGUACAUUUAAACCCAGAGAAGUCCUCUGUGAUACUGGUUUCAUCGCCUUGUUCACCAUUGAACCAAUGUUGAAGAAGCAGCCACGAACAGGGAAAAGCAGAGAAUCAGUAUUCGCCUUUAAGUUACAAAAGUCCUGGAAGAAACAGGUUCUACAUUUUGGGAAAUAUGCUUAUUUGCCUUCUCGCCCGAGAGUUAGAUGAGAAAAUGAAUACCGUUGUCAUGUGGGGUUUGUAAAUAUGAAUCUGCCGCCAGAAGCUGGUUAGCUUAGCUUAGCAUACUUGAAGCAGGGAGAAAUAGAUAGCCUGGUCUUGUUUAAAGACGGAAAAAUCCUUCCACCAGCAGACUGUAAACUCCCCACUGAACGCAUCACAUCUUGUUUGUUUAACCCGAACAAAGCAAACAAAGUUUUUAAAUUAAAAUUUGACAAGUUUUUUUGUGUGUUACCCUGCUAGCUGUUUCCCCUGUUUCAAGACUUUAUAAGAUAACUGAAUGCUACAUGAAACGUCAUAUUUAUCCUACAGACAUGGUGAUAUGGUAACAAAUGUAUUAUCUAACACUGCAAGAAGAUAAGUGUACUUCCCAAAAUAUAAAAUCAUUUUGUGUUUGAUUUAUUUCAA